GAGCUGGUGUCAUUACGCACACGGAGCUCACCAAGCGCGCAACGCAACUGGACUUUUUUUUUAAGACAAUUUCUUUUACAACAAAGUUUAUUGAGAUAAAUGUUGAUGCUGUCUCUCUGAAGGAAGAAACGACUGUCCCGUCUGUUGGUUUUAGGAUGACCUGAUCUGUGGAGUUGUUGGACUCUCGUUGAAAAGAAUAUUAGAUGAUUCCUCCGAGCGAGAACACGGCACCCUCCAUGAGAUGUCCCGAUGACUUCUGAGCCUCGCACCAUGAACGUCCGUCUGCAGGCCCAACCUCAGCCUCACUACGGGGUCAACGGGGGUGCUGGCAGAAGCUCCAGGCAAUCUAGAGAUGAUACACUGCAGUUCCUGAGCAAGGAGGAGAAGGAGUGCAUCCAGUUCUUCGAGAACACCAUUGACUCGUUGGAGGACAGCCUAGAGGAAAAUGACCGGAGACCCGUGCAAGUGAAGACCCCUGCAAGCAGCAGCCCUAUUGUGUCUUCCCUCUUGACCAGACCUCCCAGUCCCAAAGACCAGGAUAUUAUAUACCUGGUCCGCCCAGAACCCGACUUGGGGCAAAACAAAGAGCCGAUCUUCAAUCCCACCAACCCAGAUUUUCAGAGUAUGAUACAGAACCCUGAAAGCCACUUCGAGACAAGGCCAAGGCGAGAUCAGGUGGACAGCUUGCCUUCAGAGUACAACCCUCCCCUGCCAAGCGGCAGCUAUGGGUCGACAGACAGCCACUACUCCUACCACCCUCCAGGCUGUAUCCCCACCCCGGUUCUGAUUGCCCAGCAGAUAGCAGAGAACCAGGCAGGUGGAACCUCCAACUUCCAUCCCUCCUCAUUCCUCCGCCGUAACAGCCAGGAGUCCGACAAGCCACUUAGCCAUAGUGGCGAUUUAAAACAUGGUCCUGCUACCUCUGCUAAGCCUACCCGCUUUCCUGCUAACAUCAGCGUGAUCCAUGGCAACAAGGAGCACCAGAACCAGCCGCUGGCUAAUGUGAACCUCAAUGACAGACGGGCGCAGAUGCUGGCAAACCUAACAGGAACGUCAAACCCUCUGCUGCAGGAGGAUCCUCAGCCGGCCUUGGAACAGGAGGCUCGAAAUACUCCCACUCGCAGCAUUUCCUUCAAGGACCCCUCACCGGAUAAAUCCAGGAUGGAGGCCCUGUCUAAGCUGGGCCUGACCAGGAACCGAGCCAUGUCCGGGGGUAUGUCGCAACUCGCCGUCCCUAACAGCACCUCUCUGGGUCCUCCUGCAGGUGCAGAAACCAGUGUCAAACCUUUGGAGGCCAGUGUUCCUCCAACAACAGAAACCAACAGCAAAUUGCCAAAAGCCAAUGUUAUGACACCAACUCAGAGCCAGAUUCAUGUCCACAGAAAACAAGAGAUUUCGCGGACAGAGUCCCUCAGGAGGUAUGAAGAAAGAAACCACCAACCGAGCCCCUCGCCUCCAGCAGUCACACAUAGCAGCUACCAUCCACCUCCUUCGAACAGAAAGGCAUCCUUACCCCCUCCGCCUGAGGUCACCUCGCUGGAAUCAAACAGCUAUGGAGGGAAAUCUAUUAUGGUCAACCCUUCUGUUUCUCACAGAAACGAACCUGAAACUUUGUCAACUAACCAUGAACCAAAAAUCCUCCCACCUGCGCUGGCUAAACCCAGCGAGUUCAACAACUACGGGGGAAAGACCAAAGUCAUGACCCCUGCUCCUGUAGCCGUGACCAGGAGCGACCUUCCCGACAUCCUCAGCUCCCAUAUCAACAAGAGUCAAACCUCGCCCACCAAAUCAGAGCCACUACCCACUGAGCUUAAUAGUUACGGAGGAAAGAGCCGAACCUUCAACCCCUCCACCGGGUUAAAUCGCCCUUCAGACAGCCCAGGAAAAAGUUUUAAAGCUCCAGCUCCAGCCCCGGCCCCAAAACCUACUCGGCAGUCAUACCACGGCGCUGUUUCUACCCAGAAACCAGCAGUGAGAGCCUCGUCCCCUGAACCGCGGCGGAGAUCCACCUCCAUGUUUCGUCCCCAAGGCAUCACUGUGCAGUUUUCUGGACGGGGGGCGACAGACGAAUCACGCAGGGAUGCGCUGAGGAAACUGGGGCUGCUGAAAGACUCUUGAUAAACUCUUCACCUGUCGUGCCUGAAUCUCUGGUGUGUACCUGCUGGUGGAGGUGAAAUGCUAGAAGUUUCCCCAUGUGUGUCAGAGUGCGAGGUGUGGUUGGAGAGAGACCUACUCUUACAGAGGAAUGGAGCCAGAUCCUUUGAGAGAUCUGCACAGCCAGUUCUCACUUCCUGGCCAUAAAAAACUGACAAACAAGUGUGACACGGUGCAGCUGCUGCAAUCUCAACACUGUGUCAAUGACAAAAGUCUUGACAAACUUCUUUACGUUGCCUCUGAUCCAAGACAUUGUAUACCUUUGCACAAGACAAGGAGAAGCAUCCUCUUCUUACAGGAAUCAAAUGGCAUUUGGUCUCCCGUCUCACCUUUGUUUGCCACAUAUGAGGCUGAUUGUGAAUAGACAGCUUUUUUAAACGGGGUCCCAUUUCU